AUGGCUGACGAAGGUGCUUCCCCCCGUGAACUAGUCGUAGAGGCCUGCCGUCGAGAUCAGCCUCAUUUGAUAGAGGGUGUCCUGGAGCGUAUGGAAGGAAAGUCAAAUGAAGAAGUGGCCGAAUUCUUCAACGGUGUGACGGAUUCGAUGGGGAAUCACGCUCUUCACAUAUGUGCUACGUACGGUAGCUACGACGUCAUGGACGCCCUCUUCGAUAUUCAGUACUUCGAAUGCGACCCUCUCACCCGUCUGGACAAAGAUACCCCGCUGCAUACCGCCGUGCGCUAUGCGAACGAGAAGGACGCCGAACUAGGCGAGGCAAUGAUCAAGAUGAUGUGCGAAGCCGGUUGUGACCCGCGUGUCAGGAACAAGCACGGUCAGAAACCAGCUGAUCUCGUCUACAAUAACCAGGAGAUCAAGACCACGCUACAGCAAGCAGAGUACAUCAUGGCGGAGGGGCUAAGGGAGGAUGCGGACAAUGGAUCGGUUCACGACAGCGCCAGUGACAGCGAAUAG